UAAAGACGGAUCGCGGAGGAAAUCAGAUGUUUCUCACUUGAUUUUCAGAGCGAAAAGAAGAACAGACAUGAGCGGAAGAGGCAAAAACGCAGGCAAGGCUCGUGCCAAGGCGAAGACCCGUUCAUCUCGUGCCGGUCUCCAGUUUCCUGUUGGCCGCGUGCACAGGCUGCUGCGCAAAGGCAACUACGCCGAGCGCGUGGGCGCCGGCGCCCCCGUCUACCUGGCGGCCGUGCUGGAGUAUCUGACCGCCGAGAUCCUCGAGCUGGCCGGAAACGCUGCUCGCGACAACAAGAAGACCCGCAUCAUCCCAAGACACCUGCAGCUGGCCGUCCGCAACGACGAGGAGCUCAACAAGCUGCUGGGCGGAGUCACCAUCGCUCAGGGCGGCGUGCUGCCCAACAUCCAGGCCGUGCUGCUGCCCAAGAAGACCGACAAGCCGGCCAAGGCCAAGUAGACCCAACACAAACUAACACACGAAGGCUCUUUUAAGAGCCACACUUCUCUAAGAGCGUCUCCUCUUGUUUUUCUCUUUUUUUUCAUGUACAAAUGGAAAGCAUAAGCUACUGGUGUAACGUGGGGAUGGACUACGGAAAGUAAACAAGUGCAACAUUUCCAAACACAACUGUAUGUAUUCUUACAUUUAUUCGCGCACAAAUUUAACUAAAUGUUUUGUUGGGUGAAACUCAAAAGUCCAAAUGUUGCAACGCUCUUUAGUGGGGAAACAAACACUGUUAUUUUCAUCAGCCUUACAAGUUGACUCGUUUUUCACUGGCACUGCGGUGGAUUACAUAAUCUGUUAACGAACUGCAGAGCCACACCUGAAGUGAACUGGAGUAACCCCACAACAUCUGAGCGCCUAAUUACAAACCAGCCGGAGGAGACACACCUACAGCUCAACCCCCCUCUCUGUGCCGUUGUCUUUCUGCCGCCAAUGUGACGUAAUUAUUCAAAUAGCCCGCCUUUUAUAACAAAUGGAAUAUGAAAUAAUCAAUUUUUAAAUAGGUCAGUCUUUGUUGGUAGCCUAAUAAUUAAACCUGUUUUUGGUCUUAUUCUUAGGACCGUUCUAAAAACUAGUUCCAGAUGAGCAGAGAAGUGAGGGGCUUCUGCACUAACACACACACACACACACACACAGGCUCUUCCACACACUUCUCCAAGAGCGUUUCCUGCCAUCUGUGUUCAUGCAGACAUUUAGUGCACUGGUGACAGUGAAUGGACAAUAGAGAAAUAUUGAAACACUUAAAACACAACUAUGUAUCCUAAUAUAUAUUUGCCCCCAAGUUUUGCUUCAAGUGAUUUGUCUGGUGAAACUCUCAACAGUCUAAACUUACAGCACUCUUUCGUGGGAAAUCAAAGACUGUAUUUUAUUAUGUUGUCUAAACAAUGAAGCUUACAAGUUGCCUCGUUUUUCACUGACACUGAGGUGGAUUGCUUAAUCUGUUCAGACAUUGCAAAGCCACACCUCAAGUGAACUGGAGUAACCCCACAAUGGAAAAACAUCUGAGCGCCCAAUUUCAAAGCAGCCUGAGGAGACACACCUACAGCUCAACCCCCUUCAGUGUGCCAUUGUCUUUCUACUGCCAAUGUAAAUUCAAAUAUCCCGCCUUUUGUAACAAAUGGAAUUU